GUUUUUUGUCAAUAAACAAACGUGUUGAGUUCGUAAAAGGCAGUGUCAGCUGAAACAAUAUUUUUUUGAAGUGAAGAUUACUUUUAAUGACGAAUUAAACACCUUGGAACCAUAUUUCUUCAUGUAAAAACUGGAAGGGGUAUACUGGGCACGAAGUAGCUUGAGAAAGUAUUUUCUUUAAAAUUUUAACUAGGAAGAUAUAUAUUUCAGUAAGAGUGAAAAAGUGGAGACGACGAAAAUCUGCUCAGUUAUGUAUUAUUUUUUUGUUGCGCUUGUGUUUCUUUGCUACACAGCCAGUUUGGAUGGGUACAAUGUUCUUGAUGUGACCAACGGUUUGGAUAAAAAUGGUGCCAAUGUUUGCAGCUAUCCUGAGCAAGUCUCAAAACAAGUGAGCAUAAAGCUGGAACAAACUACAUUGACAAAAGAAAUUGUAAGAACUUGCUGUCGACGUUGGUGCUUUAUAAAAUCCUGCAACAGAACUAUAUUGAGAACAAAGAAGAUUUUUACUUAUCAUCUACAAACGAAAUAUUUCGAUCGAAGAGUUUAUCAUUGUUGUAAUGAUUGGAAGAGAAAAGAUGACUCUGCUACAGAAUGUAAAAAACCGAUAUGCGGAAGCAGUUGUCAAAAUGGAGGAACUUGUGUGUCGCCCGACAAAUGCGAAUGCCGUGACGGUUACGAAGGGAAGUAUUGUCAACUUGAUAAAGAUGAGUGUAGAGACGCAUCUACAAAUAAGUGCGAACAUCAUUGUAUAAACUUACGUGGUGGAUAUAAGUGUGGAUGCAAAACCGGAUAUGUUUUAAAUCAGGAUAAACAAACAUGCAGCGAUGUUGACGAAUGUAAAAGAAUAAAUCCACCAUGUGGAUGCGCAAAGGAAGAUGGUACAUGCAGUUCGCAAUGCAUUAAUGUUCCGGGAAGUUAUGUUUGUAAAUGUCAAAAAGGAUAUCAGCUUAAUUCUGCGCAAAAGUGUGAAGAUAUCAACGAGUGUUUUUCAAACUCCAAACUUUGCGACCAACAAUGCAUCAACACACCAGGAUCAUUCAGAUGUGGAUGUGCGAAAGGAUUUAAAUUUAAUGGCAAGAGCUGUGAGGAUAUCAAUGAGUGUUUGACAUCGAAUGGUGGAUGUUCAGAUAAAUGUCAUAACUUGGACGGAGGAUAUGUAUGCAGCUGUCCUGAUGGUUUUUACUUGACCAAGGACAGAAAAACGUGCAAAGUGAUUGAACCAACGAUGAAGAGCAAAGUUGUUUGCGAAUCCGAUCAAAUCGGAACACUGGAUUGUGCAAAUCACGAUGAAAAAAUUAUCAUCAUUGAUGCAAUGUAUGGCAGAUUAUCAACACAACAUUGUCAACAAAAUAACUACACACAAAAUGUCAGAUGCAAAGCAGAUAAUCCCAUACAACAUCUACAAUCAUGCAACAACAAAGCCUUUUGUGUGUUUUUCAUCCAAAAAGAAGUUUUUGGUGAUCCCUGUCCUGGCAUUGAAAAAUACAUGCAAGUCACGUAUGAUUGUGUAUAUAUAGAAAGGAAAGAUGUUACUUAUAUAAAUGGACACGAGAAAAGAUACGACACUGUGAACAAUUCUUUUGGGCAUUCGUUUGUUUUGUUUUUUAACGAUGUUGAUACAAUACCAGGUGGCUCUGCAUCUGUGUUUGCGCAAAAUGUAACGCGAAAUGUGAUCAUGCUUGUCUUGCUGUUUGGUGUAUUCUGUUUUAUUCAUGCGCAUGUUACGACUUCACCAGUUAGUGAUUUACGUUUACAAGGGCAUAACGAGAAACCGAACGUUUGUAUAAGACAAGAACGUUUUAGCAGAAACGUGAAAGAAUCUUAUUUGAAACAAGGUGUUACGUCGGAAAUAAGGCGAACAUGUUGUGACAGUCUUUGUUGGAACAAAUGCAGAAAAACGUUUUACAGAACAAGAACACAUGUGAUGGAGCGUGUUGUUCUCAAAUGGUUUACAAGAGAUGUGUACGAGUGUUGCAAGGGCUGGAAGAAAGCAGAUGAUUCGCAAUGUACAGCACCUAUAUGCGAAAAUGGUUGUCAACAUGCGGGUACGUGUACUGGCCCAAAUAACUGCAGUUGUCUAAAAGGAUACAUUGGACAGUACUGUCAAAUCGAUAGAAACGAAUGUUUACAAUCCCCCUGUGGAUGUGCAAAGGAUGAUGGUAUAUGCAAUGCAACAUGCAUGAACACUCCCGGCAGCUUUCAAUGUUUGUGCAACAGAGGAUAUCAACUAAAUGGGGAAGGGAAAUGCGAAGAUAUUAACGAAUGUUCAUUGUCUCCCUGUGGAUGUGCAAAGGAUGAUGGUAUAUGUAAUGCAACGUGUUUGAACACUCCGGGUAGUUUCCAAUGCUCGUGCAACAGAGGAUAUCAACUAAAUGGUGAAGGAAAAUGCGAAGAUAUUAACGAAUGCUUAUUUUCUCCCUGUGGCUGUUCAAAGGAUGACGGUAUAUGUAAUGCAACAUGUUCAAACACUCCAGGCAGUUUCCAAUGUUCGUGCAACAGAGGAUAUCAACUCAAUGAUGACGGAAAAUGCGAAGAUAUUAACGAAUGCUUAUUGUCUCCCUGUGGAUGUGCAAAGGAUGAUGGUAUAUGCAAUGCAACGUGUUCGAACACUCCAGGAAGCUUUCAAUGUUCAUGCAACAGAGGAUAUCAACUAAAUGGCGAAGGAAAAUGUGAAGACAUCAACGAAUGCUUACAGUCUCCCUGUCAAUGCGCGAAGGAUGAUGGUAUAUGUAAUGCAACUUGCGUCAAUAAUCCAGGCAGCUUUAAAUGUUUAUGUAGAAAAGGAUAUCAACUAAAUACAGAAGGAGAAUGUCAGGAUAUAAACGAGUGCAUAGAAGGCUUACACACAUGCGACCAAUUUUGCAUAAAUACACCUGGUUCGUAUGAGUGCUUAUGCAGGAAAGGGUAUAGAUAUAACGGUAACAAAUGUGUAGAUAUUGAUGAGUGCUUUGAAGAUAUCAACAUAUGUUCUCAUUUCUGUCACAACCUUCAAGGUGAAUACACUUGUACAUGUCCUGACGGAUAUUACCUGAGUGAUGACAGAAAGAAUUGCAAACCGAUCACAAAUUCCAUGAAGCAGAUACUGUUCUGUACCUCUGAUAAAACUGCCCACCUUUCAUGUGCAAAUCACGAUGAAAAAAUCAUCAUCAUUGAUGCUAUGUAUGGCAGAUUAUCAACACAACAUUGUCAACAAAAUAACUACACACAAAAUGUCAGAUGCAAAGCAGAUAAUCCCAUACAACAUCUACUAUCAUGCAACAACAAAGCCUUUUGUGUGUUUUUCAUCCAAAAAGAGGUUUUUGGUGAUCCCUGUCCUGGCAUUGAGAAAUACAUGCAAGUCACGUAUGACUGCGUGUAAACUCAACGCCAAUUCUGAUGACUAUAUGUGCAGACACAUGUAAAGAAAUGUACGCGUUUUUUUUAAUGAAUUUAAAAAGCAAGGCAAGA